AUGGAAGGGGCAGCCUUGCUCCAUGUCCUCGUCCUGCUCUCCUUGCCCUGGAUGGUGCAUGGCUACUGGGACAGCUGUGGAGGGACCUGCGGAUACCGUCCCAUGGCUGAUUAUUAUGGGACGUCACGUGUUGUCGGAGGCGUGAAUGCACACGAGGGUGCCUGGCCAUGGAUGGUCAGCAUCAAUAUCCCCAGGCCCACCGGCUACGCACACAUCUGCGGGGGGUCCCUCAUCACCUCCCAGUGGGUCCUCACGGCUGCUCACUGCUUUAUUGGGCAAAACUUCAGCACGGAGUGGUUCGUGCUGGUCGGACUCACUGACCUGUCUGUGGCCACUUCCGAGACCCAGAAGCGCUGGAUCCGGCAGGUCAUUGUCCAUGAGUAUUACUACAACGUCACCAGCGGCUUCGACAUCGCCUUGAUGGAGCUGGACCAGCCGGUGCAGUGCGGGUACCACGUGCAGCUCGCCUGCGUGCCCGAUGCGACGGUCAGAGUAUCCCAGCUCUCUGAGUGCAUCGUCAGCGGAUGGGGCGCGAGGGAGGCCAGAACGGGGGCAUCGUCCCGAUCCGUCCUGCAGGAGGCCAGGGUCCGCCUCAUGGACAUCAGCCUCUGCAACAGCAGCCAAUGGUACCAAGGGGCUCUCCAGAGACACAACCUGUGUGCUGGGUACCCACAGGGUGGCAUCGACACCUGCCAGGGUGACAGUGGUGGUCCCCUCAUGUGCCGGGACAAGCGCUCCAACUUCUUCUGGGUUGUGGGGGUGACAAGCUGGGGCCAUGGCUGCGCCAGGGCCAAGAAACCAGGGAUCUACACCUCCACACAGCACUUCCACGACUGGAUCCUGUACCAGCUGGGGAUGUACCGCUCCGGGGGAGCCUCUGCAGCACUCCCGAGAUGGAGCCCCCAGCACGCCUCCCCUCCUCCCACCCAGGAGACGAUGCUGACACCCACAGGCUCAAGCAUCUCUGGCUUCUGCUCCUUUCCACUUCGGGUGCUGGUGGAGUUCACCAGUCGGGUGCAGGAGCUGCUGCAGGAUCUACUGGGGAAGAUGAGUUCAAGAGUCUGA